AGUUAAGAAAUUGACAUCGGUAUGAUCAGCUCUGUCUAAAAGUUAUAAAUAUAAAUAUACAUUAUUCGCAUGUUAUUGAAUUAUUUGGGUAGUUAAAGAAGCAUUACCUCCAUCUGUAAUUAGUAUUCUACAAAUUCCUCUUAUUUUUUAUGUUUAUAAUGUGAAGUUAUUAUGCAGUGCUAAUCAUGCCUGUGUACAUGAUCAUGAUCCACCGUUCCAGGAUGCCAUGGGCCCCUACUCCUUCAUUGUGUUUGUGGCACUUCUACUCUUCUUCUUGAUCCUCAUCUGGAAGUUCCUCCCCGAGACCAAAAACAAGAGCUUUGCCGAGAUAGCUGCCCACUUUGGGAUUAAAGAAGACGAGAUGGCGGACGCGGAGGACAACAAAGAAUCGGUUGAAAUGCUUCCUAUGCAUGAUCGUGUGGGCACGCGCUUGGCCGCGACAGCUCCUGCAAACGCCCGCCAAAAUGGGUCACACUCUAUGCCGACAACUCAUAUACCGCAAGUUGUCAUAGAAGAUGAGGCUAAUGCUACUAACCCAACCAUUGGCAAUCCUGCUAUUAAUGUAACUGAUGAUGACUUUCAACAACAGCCACUUAUAAGUAAAGAGGAUAGUCAUCGGAGCCCGCGAAAACCAAAUAUCCCAAUGGACCCCGAGGUUGGUCGGCCUCGAAGUGGCCAAGAUGUUGACAAAGAAGUUCUUGCGUAACCUCGGGAUGCAUGUACAAUAAACGAGAACUAUUUAAAACUGUUGUGGACUGAUGGGGAAGUCUUACGUGUAAUUGUCGAAAAGUUUAAGAUGGUCAUCUGUAUUUGCCUCUGUAAAGUUGCACUAAGAACUAAACUGGUCCCGGAACAACGUUCUUUUACCGUCCAAAAACACUAUAUUGAAUGAUGUGGAACACAUGUAGUGGGGUAAUGGUGCCUACAGGUACAGCAUUGGGCAUUGGGAAUAGGUUUUUUCAUAUCUUAUGGGGGUAAUACACUUUUUAUUGUGGAAAUUUACUUCUGUAACAGUCGAAGACGGUUGUGGGCAGUUCAUCGACUAUCAUGUUUUAGUAAGUAUUCAGCCACUGUUAAGGGCGCACGAACACUGCCAAGUAUGAUUACAAUCUCGCCUUAUUCGACAAAGGAGAUAGAAACACUAUCAAUUUUGCCACGCAGUGUUCUGAUACUGGCUUAUGUGCAUCUUUUACACGCCAUUUUACUUGCUUUUUGCGGCAUUCCUGGAAAAUGUAAUCAAGCAAAACGCUAAGCUUUUAAAUGUUGUCAGCUUUUUGAUCAACAGCAGCAUUGAAACGCACUGUAUCAAGAGUGAAACGUUAAUGAGUAACAACUAUGUGCUAAAAUUCGUUCAGCUUAGGUUUUUAGAUUGCCUGCUAUCAGAUGUUACUGUAUUAUAAAUGACAUGACAAACAAUCGAUUAACUAAAUGAUAGAAGAAACAGAGAGCUUUCAUGAGAACUAGUGGAAGCAAACGUGACUAAAGUGCCGCUGUUUUAAUUCUCAUCAUUUUGACUUUAUUGCAUCAACAAGUAGUCUGAAAUAGCAUGCAUCUGUUUAAAGUAUUGCUGCUUGCAAAAUACAUAUGCGCCAGCUUCUGUUAAUUUUGUGGCGUGUAGUAAGGGCUUUACCGUGCUGCAACUGUUCUUGGAGGACAGAGUAAAAAUGUGUUCACUGUGAAGGGAUCGGGCCUCCGCCAUGUUGUCGUGCUUUGCAUGUUCCGUUAUAUGUUCCUCGCUGCGUUCUGCAGCUGUUGGUUCGCUAGGGAUAGCCAAGGCACAGACGGCAUAUUUUUUCUUCAGGGUGGAAGUCUCGCUAAUUUCUGAUGUUUUAAAUUGUAAAGCAGAGACGAUGUAAUUUAACUGGUUUUGACUAGUACCAAAGCUAUAAAGCCUGAAAUCGAAUUAAUUCAAAAGACUUCACGUGCUUCAGAACAUGUUUACUUUGUGAAAGUUAUCAUUUCAAAGUAACUAGUAGCGUUUUAGUAUUAAAAAGCUUUGUGCGUUAAUGCUCCAUGAAUACUCCAAACCUGAUUGUGUAUUUGAUUAUUUAUUAUUUUAUUAUUUUAUUUGUAUCUACACCCAUCGUUAAGAACGUCUAUUUGAAACUGUUCCUAUAAUAUCUGGUAAAGGGUAGCUUUUUUUAGCGAAAUCAAACUUGGAAAAAUUAUAUAGGUUUAUAAACAUUUUCGCUCUAAGUAAUGGAUGAUUAUCAUGAAAUAUGUACUUACUUGUAUAGAAAAUAACUACACGUACAUGUCUACAUGUACCACGGGAUUAACUGUAUCACAUUAUAUGAACACUGCCGUGUACAUGAACAUGCAAUUCAACAGUUUUAUUUAUAGUUUUUUCAAUCCACCAGUGACCUCAAACAGCUUGUGUAAGUCCCAUGACUACAUUUAUGAGAUGAUUGCAAUAAACUAAAUAUGACAGCGAAAUCAAUGAGUUUUACCAUACACAAUGCAAUCAUAAUAUCUUCACAUUUGUUAGAGAUGGCAAUUUACAACCUAAAUUAUAUAUUCUAAAAAUAUGACAUACACUAUCAAAGAAAAUUUAUUUAAAAUUUACCCUUAAUAUUGAGCUGUAAGAUGUCCAGAGAUUUCUUUGAAAAAAAAAAAGAAAAGAAAAACGUCAACUGGUUUACAUCAUAACACGCAGACCACGCCAGUGCGAAAAACAUUUGUAAUAUUUAAACUCGUAUGAAAAAUACAACACAUCUAAAUUUUACUGUAAGAUCCCUUUACCAUUAUAUCCUACAGUCCUAAGCUUAAGAAAUAAGAAGAGGGCAGAGAUCCAUUGGAUCAAGUAACACUAGUUAUUACAUGUUAACAUAGAUUAUGCUUCAUCUGUAUCUUUCUCAACUGAAUGUUUUUAAAGACAGCAGGGACCUCUAGCGGUGAAGUAUAAAAGUUUUAAACAAUGUCUAUUGUGGCUAGUGGAGCUCAACCGUCACAUCUAUCAUCUUCUCCACUGAUGACUCACAACGCAAUGCCCUCCGGUCUCUUGCUAAAAUCUAACCUAUUGGUUACACUUUAUAUAUGUGUAGCCUCUUAAAACUAAAGCAAUGAAGCUUAUCAAAAACAAUGAAUUAAGUAAUUAUGACAUUUCCUAAUGCACAUUUGGACAUCUUUGUGUGAUUCCGCAUAUCUCCACUGCGCAAUAAAGGUACGGAAUCAGUCGUGUCUUACCGGUGACAAUACUCUGUAAUUAACAACUACUUUACUAUUAUAUCUACAUACUAGUCUGCAUAGUGUUUGUUUUCGACAACAAUAUCCCCUGGGUAGUUCUAAAAAUAUAUAAAUAAACAUUUUGCGGAGAAAAAC